GUCUGUCAAACGUCAUUUGAAUAUUAAACCAAAAUACACAACUAAAAAAACACAAACCCCAAAACUUCCCAUUUUGAAUAUUUAUUUUUACAGUUGCAAGCUAAACUUUCUACAAAGAAAAUAAUAGAUUUUUAAGACAGUUUUCUGGAAACAUUACAAAUAUGGGUUAUGAAGAUCCCUCAGAAGAUCCAUAUGCUCAAGUAGCCCCAAGCAAGUUAAAACUUAAAAAAGAUGAUGGGAUCAAAAAAAAGAAAAAGAAAAAAAAGGACAAAAAGCUCUUGGAGCAGGUCUCCAAAACAAUUGAAAGCAAUGCCGAAUCUUCUGAACCAGAACCUAAAAGUUCAAGCACAAAAACCAAAGCGGAAUUGGCAUUCUUACAGCAGCAAGAAAAAAUGAGAAUGAAGAGAAUCCUGGAAAAAGCAUCAUUGACCCACAAAGAAAGAGUAGAGAAGUUUAACCAGCAUCUUGACAGUCUCACAGAACAUUUCGAUAUACCUAAGGUUUCCUGGACAAAAUAAUCUGUUUAACUGUAUAAUAAAAUGAUAUUAUUCUUAGCUUAGUUCUAAUAGUGUAUAUUAAAUUACUAAAUAUAACAAUGGAAAUUAUAUAAA